UCUUCGUCCCCAUAUAUACUGCAUCUCAAUCACGCAUUUUCCCAAACAAUUACAAACCCUCUCUCCUACAAAUGGCAGCUAAACGUUAUUUCCCAGAAUCUGGAAUCGACAUGGACCACCAAACUGCAAAACGAACAAAAUCUAAGCCUUCCUUUGCCUCCGUUAUUAGCGAAGUCCUUAUGGUCAACUUCAUGCAGAAUUUCUGCUCUACCAUGGAACCCAUGAUUAGAAAAGUGGUUAAGGAGGAAGUUGAACGUGGAUUAAAGAUAGGUGGAAAGUCCUUAAUCCGGUCAUCUUCUAUAAGAGUUCAAGCACUUGAACAAUCAAACUUUCGGUUAGUUUUUAGGAGCAAACUAUCCCUUCCGAUAUUCACGGGGACAAAAAUAUCGGACAUGGAGAGCAAUCCUCUUCAAAUUUACCUCGUGGAUUCAAAUAAUGAUCAUAUGAUGUACACAAAUCCGUUGAAGGUGGAAAUUGUUGUACUCGAUGGAGAUUUUCCGAAAGACGGUAGCGAUACAUGGACUAGCGAUGAAUUUAACCGAAAUAUAGUUAAGGAGAGGGCCGGGAGAAGGCCGUUAUUGACUGGUGACUUGAGUUUGACGAUGAGGGAUGGAUAUGCAGUUGUUGGACAAAUUGAAUUUACGGAUAAUUCAAGCUGGAUUCGUAGUAGAAAGUUUCGACUUGGAGCUCGGGUGGUUCAAGGCAGCGAGAAAGGAACUAGGGUUUGUGAAGCAAUUACAGAAUCGUUUGUUGUUAGAGAUCAUCGCGGAGAAUUAUACAAGAAACACCACCCACCAAUGCUAGAAGACGAGGUAUGGCGGCUAGAGAAGAUCGGAAAAGACGGAGCUUUCCACAAGAAACUAAAUACCAGCGGAAUCAAUACAGUUCAAGAUUUCCUUCAGUUAUCAGUUGUCGAUCCAACCAAACUCAGAAAGAUAUUAGGGGUAGGAAUGUCAGAUAGGAUGUGGGAAGUGACUCUCAGACAUGCAAAAACGUGCGAGAUGGGCAGCAAGUUAUACAUAUUCAAGGGCCCAAAUUACUCCCUUUUGUUGGAUCCUGUGUGUCAUUUGGUCAAAGCUAUGGUGAAUGGACAGUCAUACCCCUGCACCAAGGACUUGGUCAACAUGAAUAGGGGAUUUGCUGAAAAUUUGGUGAAAGAAGCAUAUCAAAACUGGAAGUUAUUGGAGGAAAUUGAUGGACACUUGAACACAACCCCACUUCUUACCCAAGGUGAGCAAAUGGAAGAGUAUCCCAAUCAAAGUAUGGAAAGGUCAAACUACCAAUCCCAGCCGGCGGAAGUAAAUGAUUCUAUGUCAGCAGGAAACACCAACUUUGUGAGCUCUGAAUGGCUGGUUUCUUCGCAGUAUUACCAAAACAACACACCUGAAAAUGCCAUUGGUUACCAAUUCCUAGAGUCUUCAUCUGAUGAAGAUCCAACACCUGCUAGGUGUUUCUUCUACGAGGGUCAACCGAUGGAGCGUGCCUAAGCUCGUGUGGAUUUGUGCAUAUUUGAUAUUUAUAAAUAUAUAUGUAUGUAAGUGUAACAAUCUGUAUGUAAGCUUGGGGAUAUAGAGAAAGACAAAAACAACCUUGUCUCCAAUAAGUGAAGUGAUUGAGUAGCUUAUUCUUAAAUAUUCCUUGUACUAUUUCUGUUUUUAACAGUAGUGCAUGCACAAUGUAGUAGACCUAGAGAGGUUUCAGAUUUUGUGAAAAUUGCACUUUAGUGUCAAUCAAUAAAUAGGUUGUUUUCUUA